GUAUACACCUUUCCAUAAAGUCGGCAAAAAAUCGAUAAAUGGGCGGGGCAACCUGUCAAUCAUUAUAGCAGUGACGUCACUCGCGGACUUUUUUGGAUGAUUUACUCAUCUAAUUUGGCACUUGACAAGUGAUCAUUGAGGUACGCACGGGGAUAAAUCUUGUUAACUAUACAAAAUGGAUUCUAUGAAAGAACAAACGGUAUGUGACUGUGAAAAACUGACCACCUCAGAUGUGGAUGGGUCCACAUUUGAUGGGCCCAUCAAUAAACUGAAAAAGACAGAAUGUAUUAAGUGGCUGUUGUGCCGAAAUAUAAAACCUCACCACAAGGAUACGUUAGCGUCGCUUCGUGAGUGCAACAGACCAAGGAAAAACAAACCAUCCCAUGAUAUUGCAAUGCUGCACGAGCAGUUAGUACAGCACAAUAGUAUCAUUGACUUUACAUUAUUGACAGGCCACUGCCCUCAAAACACUGGACAGAUUACUACUUCUUUGGGCUUUGAUGUCCCGCGUGGUAGUGUAUUAUCGUAUCAA